AUGUCUACUGCCACCUCCACCCGCAACGACAAGUUCGAGCGUCUCGUCCAGAUGCGUACUGAGGGCAAGUCCCCCGCUCAUAUGGCUGCCAUCGCCCUCACCGACAACCGCGCGCAGAGAGCUACCAUUCGCUUCAUCGACGGUGGCCGCGUCGUUCACUACAACGGAGGCUCCUCUGAGCCAAUCGACCAAGCCUUCGCCACCGACAAGUACUGCGACCUCAAGGCGAAUGGCUUCUGCAUGUUUCACGAGUCCAACCACUUGAUGAAAUUUCGCCGCUUCAUCGACGACUGUUUCAAAGACAUUGCCAUUCACUCAGAUUUCGCUCUGGCUCGCUCCGAUGACUUCGCCUAUGCACUCCAGCAUCUCGCCGCCGUGGUGAAAGACAACGUCCCAGCCCGCAGCCAGCUUGCCAUCACCACCCAGCUGUACCACAACCUCGAAAACAUGAUUCAGGUAGAAUUCACCUACCGUGCCGCCCGACCUCUCGAAACCAAGUACAAAGGCAAAUUCCUUCACCGCGAAGUCGAUGGCAUGGUCGAGCUGGAGAUGCCCAGAGACCCGUGGCUCCACAGAUUUGCUGACAAGUACCGCGAGGAGGACAUCAACCACCCAGAUGUCUUCAAGAACCCACUUCUCGCCUUGCCCAGCGACUCCGUGUGGAGAUCGCCAGCAUCGACCGCCUCUGCACCGGCUACUUUCUCCUCGGACACCAACCUGUCCGACAUCACCGACUCACCACCGGCGUCCUUCCGUGCCAGCAUUGCCAACGGCACCAACCGGUACACGCCUACCGAAGACAUGUGCAUGCCAUCUGUCGGAGACCUUCUCGUCCCAAUCGACACCCGCUUCGGUCCCGCAUACAACCAAAAGCUGCUCGACUACCACCAGGCCUGCUUCGAGAACGCCCAGCUGCACCUGGCCGCCGACGCCGUGCUCUUCGUUGGAAACCUCCCGGCUUCAUUCACCGACCUCCAGCUCAUCACUGGGCUGGGAGAGACCCUUCGCUCGGUGGGCUCGGGCACAUGCUUCAUCACCGUGGCCCGCACAUACAGCGGAGAUGCCGUGCGACCACACGCGUUGGUCCAAUUCUACACACCCCUGUGCGUCGACCUCGCCAUCAAGCGAGUCAAGGGCCUGACCCUGGGUGGUCGUCUUCUGCGUGCGGAGCGCAGCUACGCCAAGCACUCUCUCUGCGUGCUCCGCACCGACGGCGCCACCCCAUACUCGCACGAG